AUGUGCGACGAUCAACGCACUCUUGCGAUGGCCUAUUACGGACUCAUCUAUAUCGGAACACCUGAACAGCAAUUCCGAGUGCAGUUCGACACCGGUUCGGCAAAUCUGUGGGUUCCGUGCAUGGGCUGCAAUGCGAGCGACGAAGCCUGUCAAAAUCACCGUAAGAAAAUGUGCCCGGAAGCCCUCUUUGCUUUCUACAUGGGCGGAGCGAAUAACGACCGGGGUGCUGCUGGAGAGUUGACUAUCUGUGGGACGGACCCAGCACAUUAUAAGGGAGUAAUCACAUGGGUACCUCUGAUAGCCGAAAGACUGUGGCGGAUCGAAUUGGGUCCUGUGUACAGCAGAGGAACGGCGUUGACUACCGGUCCACAACAAGCCAUUGUUGACACUGGCAGUUCCAUCAUUACUGCCCCAAUGAGUGUUGUACAACAGAUUAUAAAUCUCGCCGGAGCAAAAGUAAGUGCACAAGGCACAUACGAAAUUGAAUGCAACUCUACCUCAAGUCUACCAGCACUUACCUUCACCCUUGGUAGUCGAGACUUCAUUCUUCAAGGUUCUGACUACGUGGUCCAGAUGAACCAGACUUGUGUGCUCGGUUUCUUGGGACUCGAAAUUCCUCCUCCAAUUGGGCCUAUCUGGAUUCUUGGUGACGUCUUCCUUCGUAACUUCUACACAGUCUUCGAUCAUGGAAAUAAACGUGUCGGAUUCGCUCAGUCCACCAAGGAAUGCGUCAAUUCCACAUCUAAUUGA